CUCCAGAAAUGGCGAAUCCUCCGCCCUCCUAUGUGCGCCAGAACUACCAUCCAGACUGUGAGGCCGCUGUCAACCACCAGAUCAACCUGGAGCUCUACGCAGCCUACGUGUACACAUCCAUUGCCUUCUACUUUCAAAGCCACGAAUUGGCCUUGAAUCACUGCACCCAGUACUUCCAGAAGCGGUCUCUCAAGAAGAGGGAGCAGGCUGAGAGGCUGAUGUGGCUGCAGAACCAGCGCGGGGGCCGAGUCCUCCUGGAGAACAUCCACAGGCCACAGCAGGAUGGAUGGGGAAGCAGCCUGAUGGCCAUGGAGUUCGCCAUGCUCCUGGCGAAGAGAGUGAACCAGAGCCUGCUCAAUCUGCAUAACCUGGCCAUCGACAAGAAGGAUGCCCACCUGUGCGAAUUCCUGGAGAGUCACUGCCUGCACGAACAGGUGGAGUUCAUCAAAGAGUUGGGGGACCAUAUCACCCAACUGCGCAAGAUGGGAGCCCCAGAAUCUGGCCUGGCAGAGUACCUCUUCGACGCGCUCACCCUGAAUGCCAGCAAGAAGAACUGA